AUGCGGGUGCGGGCGUACCAUCAUCAUACAGUGAGUCGCAGCAGCGCCGCCCUCGCCGCACUCGUUAUUGUCAACGCAGCCUUUAUGUUUUGUUUCGCACUUCCUGUCGUUCUCGCAUUCCCGUGGAGCCGAGUCCUCACAGCGACACAACAGGCGUGGGGAGCAGCCCUUAUCUCUAUAUGGGCAAUAGCGGAGAUCCCGCGUCUCUACGCAGGACACACGGGGAAUAACUUGCAGCACGUCCCAGCGCUUAUGCGAUUUGCCCUCAUGACACUCGUUCCACAAAUACCACUUGUUAUUGUCUAUAUGGUUAUGUGGCCACAACGUAAUGCCCUUAAUGAAGCGGUAAGUAUUACUAUGAUAAUUUUAUUAGUUGCUGAGUUAUUUUGUACUAUUAGGCUGCUCGUAACGCUAAUGCAGCGUAACCGAAUAGAUUUUUUCAUUUUUUAUAGGCGUAAUUUUAUUGAAAAUCGCCGUUUUUCAUAG